AUGACCACAGUCCAUGGUUCCAACGACAAGAACCCUGAUGACAUCAAUCCUUUCGCCGGAAGCUCAACCAGCGAAGAACAUGCCGCCCUAAACACUUCAUUCGACUACGAUGACCGGUCUAGUGGUUCAUAUCCCUGUGAAUUGGAUGCUAGUCGGCAGGCCGAGCUAGCCCCAACGAAUCCAGGCUCCGACGACCUUUUUCACAAAGUGAAAAGCUUCCUUCGACAAGACAAAGAACACAUUUCGGAUGACGACGACAGUAUAGCCAAUUGGCCCCACCAUCCCGGACCCUGCAAGUCGACCUCCAUAUUCAAGCGACAGACGAAAAAGAUCAUCAGCCGCAGCACCAUCUUCUCAGGUGCAUUCGCCGCAUCGGCAGUCAUUGUCUCGAACACCUCAAGCCCGGCGCUUGUAAUAUUUAUCUGGAACCUUCUUGCUAUUGUGCCAUUGUCGAUCACGCUUACAGAAGCAACUGAGAGGAUCUCCGAAGAUUUGGGCGAGACCGCUGGCGCUCUCCUCAACAUCACCAUUGGAAAUCUAGCAGAACUUAUUAUCUUCGUCACCGCCUUAUUGAAAAACAACAUCAAAGUCGUCCAAUCAUCACUCCUCGGUUCUAUCUUGGUGAAUCUUUUGCUCGUCCUCGGAUCUGCGAUUAUCGCAGGCUGUAUAAACACGAGCGAUGUGGCAUACAACACCGAUCUCACACAGUCCUUUGUGGGACUUCUCAAUCUCACAAUAUCGUGUCUCAUGAUUCCAACCGCUUUCUAUGGCAGUGUAAAAAGCGUCAGCUCUGCUGAUCAUAUGUCACUUUCUUUCAGCAGGGGGGUGUCGAUCAUCCUCCUCGGCACAUAUUUCUUAUACCUCUACUUCCAGUUCAAGUCACAUCCGCACUUAUUCCACUCAACGAGGCUGCAAGUGCCACACGCAAACGAUCCCCAGCCCUAUACAGAUCUUGAGUCGCAUGCCAACAGUGGAAACGCAUCGAGCAGAGACGUCCACCAGCUAGAGAUGCAACAAGUACGGUCACGAGCAUCGUCAGUCAACGACACAGAGGCAGACCCAGCGUUGCCAUUGUUUCACCCCGCGCACCCCGAGGGAAGAAGAUCCCUGCACGGACCAGCCGAACCCGCCAUCCCAGUAUAUGGGGGAUGCGCCUGCGACCGCUAUGCCGUUCGGUCCAACCGAGCGAUUUCACUCACCCUCCUCGCCUUGUCAACAACACUCAUCGCUGUGUGCGCCGAAUACUUCGCCUCAAGCUUCGAAAUACUCAACAAGCAAGGCGUCCUUGGCGAAUCGUUCGUGGGAUUGAUUAUCAUCCCCGUCGCGGGCAAUGUUGCGGAGAACGUGACUGCAGUUGUUGUCGCCUCGAAGAAACAGAUGGAUCUCGCUAUCAGUGUGGCUCUCGGAUCAGCCAUUCAAAUCGGCCUCUUGGUUUCACCUGCCAUGGUACUCGUCGGUUGGUCUCUUGACAAGCCUAUGACUCUGCACUUUGACAAAUUCGAGAUGGUCACCCUGAUCGGAGCUGUCCUUCUAGUCGAUUUCAUUGUGCUCAAGGGAAAGACCAAUUACCUGGAAGGCGCUAUCUUGUGCGCCUGCUUUGCCGCUAUCUCUGUCGGAGCAUUCUUGUUACCACUCGCUUGA